CUACAAGUCGCAUCAACGCUCCAACGAAGCACCAACCAAACCACAAACAACAACUCACCACCGCACCACCACCCCUCCUCAUAUCCCUCGACUAUCGCAUCCACCACCCCCAUCCCUUGGCCCCUCGAACGUCUGUGCAUCGCGUCACAUCAAGCAGCGGGCUCUCGAGGAACAGGGAGAACGAGGCUGUUGGAAACGAAACAAACGAGCAUUUGCUUUUUGCGUUCCAGUCUUCGCACAGCAAAAGCUGCUCUGAGCGUUUUGUGGCGGCGACCUUAGUUCACCUUCUUCUCCUUUUGUUCCGCCGUUGUUGAAGAAACCUUCCGUCGUUCUUGUUCGCAUCACUUGCUGUGACCACGACUCCAAGCGACACGUCACAUAGGCCAUGGCCACCAUUGCAAAACAUCUCGUGUCAAAGAAGAAGCGCCGCUUCAUCGAAGAUGGCUUCGACCUUGACAUGACAUUCAUCACGCGCAACAUUGUGGCCAUGGGCUUCCCAGCGGAAGGCCGCGAGGGCAUCUACCGCAACAACAUGCGCGACGUCAAGCGGUUUUUCGACACAAGGCAUCGUGACCACUACAAAAUCUACAACCUGUGCUCUGAGCGCGACUACGACCCCAACAAAUUCUAUGGACGUGUUGUAAAGUUUCCGUUUGACGAUCACAACGCACCGCCGUUUCAGCUGAUUGAGAAGUUUUGCGAAGACGUCGCCGAGUACCUCGAGAGGGACAGCAGGAACGUUGCUGUGAUCCACUGCAAGGCCGGCAAGGGCCGCACGGGCGUCAUGAUCACCGCCUUUCUGCUCCACCUCAGGCUCUUCACAGACACAAACGAGGCGCUUGAAUUCUACGGACAUGCGCGCACAAUGAACGGCAAGGGCGUGACGAUCCCGAGUCAGGUGCGGUACGUGCACUACUACGGGCGGCUGCUGCGGUCGUCGGCGCCGUACGAGCCACGCAUGCUCAUCAUGCGACGCAUUGUGCUCCGCGGCAUUCCCGACAUGAGCAACGGGACGUGCGUUCCGCAGUUUGUCAUCAAGCAGCUCAACUACAAGUCGUCGUGGUAUGAGGGCAUCACACGGGAGCAGUCGUUUGCCGAACUCGACCUGCCAGCGCCGCUGCCUGUAUGCGGGGACAUCAAGCUGGAGUUUAUCCACCGGAAGAGCACGGGGAAGGAGAAGAUGUUUCACCUGUGGUUCAACACGUUCUUUAUUGACGACCUCAAGUUUGUUGCACAGCAGUCGGAAAUCGACAAGGCGAACAAGGACAAGAAGAACAAGAUCUUCCCCGUUGGCUUUUCGGUGGAGAUUGACUUUCUGAAUCCGCAGGAGGACGAGGAGGCAGCAUCGGUCGUGCAGCAGCAGGAUGGCGUGCGCGGUGCUGGUGUUGUUGCCCCAACUGCCACCGCUGCUACCACUGCACAGCAGCUGCAGCAGCAGCAGCAAGGGGAGCAGGGUGCAUCGUCAGCAACAGCGGCGGCCAAGGGCAAAGGCGUUGUUGCGCGCGCUGUGCCGGCCCCGCUCAACGCACAGGACUCAACCAUCUCCCAGGCGCCGGAGUGGUCUGAUUCUGAUUUGACGACGACGGACGAGGACGAGGACGACUGGGAAGGCCUCCCCAUCAGCGAUGUCUGAGCAGCAGCGGUCACAUAGUGGCUGUGCUAUGGCUACUUGCCGCCACCACAAUCACACACACACACACACACACACACACACACACGCACACACACACAC